GACAACUAAUCAUUUCUGAUGAGAGAUUGAUUGUUUUUGAAAAUUUCAAUUCUUUUUUUCACAUUUGUUCGUCACGAAAUUCUUGGUGCCAAAAGAAGCCAAAAAACAAAAGGAAGAAACAAAAAAAAGACAACAAUUCUAUAGUCAGUUUUUUCGAGUGUGUGCAAAUUUCACCAGUAUUCCGGAUCAUUAAUAUAUAGCAAGAGUGAAAAACAAUUAAUUUAGAUCCACCUCGUGGUAAUACCCGUCAAAAGUAAUCCAACAAAAAACCGUUUGAAUGUUCAUAACGAAUCCAUACGUAACGUAUCCACAACGUUCAUCGUUACAUCGUUACCAUUUUGGUCGUAGAGCGGCCAUUGGCGAGAAACAUGAACACAUGUUUCUCCGUGCAAUAGGCAAGGCCAUGCAGUAUUAUCGUAUCUGGAUAUAUUCCUGUAAUGCAGCAUUAUUUAUUGGAACAUUCAUAUAUUUAGUUGCCUUUAUUACGGUUAUUACUGAUUCACGUUUAAGCCUUUUUCCAAAUAUUCGCCUUUAUCAUCCAUCAUUCAUUUAUGCCUAUUUAGCCAUUAUUAUACAAGGAGGAAUUGUACAGGCAAUCGGCUGUCUUGGUGCACUUAAGCUCAAUGAAAGUUAUUUACAUUUAUAUCUAGUAACAAUGUCCGUAUUAGUAUUUGGUGAUGCUAUCGUUGGUGUUGUAUGGGCUUUACGAUAUAAAAAUAUGACAAUGAAUCUUAAAAGUGACCUCAAAAAUCAAAUUUUUAAUGAAUAUGAUACCAAUACAGAAUUACGGAAUGUUUGGGAUGAUAUUCAAGCCAAUUGGAAUUGUUGUGGUGUUGAUGGUCCAACCGAUUAUAAUGUAUCUACAUGGGCUUCACAUUUUCUUCCAUUACCAGAAUCACAACAUUUAGUAUUACCAUUAAGUUGUUGUCAUCCGGAAGAGCCUACAUUUGGUCCACCACAUAAUGAAUGUAUUACGAAAAUGAAUGAACAUGUAUUUAGUAAUGGAUGUUAUGAUCACAUCUAUCUUUGGUUACAGAAUUCAACUGAUCUAUUAUUAGUACUUGGUUUUUGUGUGAUUACAUUUGUCAAGUUGUGCUUCCUAUUUUUAUUACGCUCAGAAAUAAAAGAAAUGAUUGAAAAAAUCAAAGUGAUCAAAGGUGAAUCCGGCAGUGAUACUCCAAUGUUACCCUUUCAAGAUAUUGAAGCCUAUUUACCAAGACCAUCAAUGCAACAACAACAAGAUCAAACAGGAACGGCAAUAGGCACAACAACAAUGUUGCUCAAUCCAUCAUCAACAACAAUGACAGCUGCAACUAGUCAACAUCCAAUGAUUUUUCGUGGUAAUUCUAUACAGGAAAGAUGCCAUUGUCGUCUUAGUGCAGCAAGUGGUUAUAUAAAUCCAACAGCAACAGCAACAACCAAUCUAAUCAAUACAUUAACUGGUUCACGUACAAUAUUAAGCUAUUCGGCAGCUAAUCUUGCUGCAUGUCAAUCGUUUUCAAAAAAACAUAGUAUUGUAUGAUUGAUCGAUAAUUAUCAAAAAAAAAAAAAAAAAAAAAAUUGCAGCUAUUAUUUAUAAUCAACGACAACAAUAAUUAUAUAUACAAAAUGACAAAAGUGUUAAAAUUAAGAGAAUAAUAAAUGAAUAUACUGGCAAUCUUAUGUGAGAAAAGAUUGAAAAAAAAUACUUAAUCAACCGGAAAAUCGAAAAACCAAUCAACAAGGAAUGUAUAUUUUUGCUUUGCCCAUGUAUGACAUAAUAUAUUCAACAACAACAACAACAACAACAACGGCAACAACAACAACAUCAAAUUAAUUCAUCAUUGUGUUUAUUCAAGAAUGUUUGUGUGCAUGUGAAUGUGGAUGUUGUUGGCCCAAAUUAAGUGAUAUGACAACAACAACAACAACAACAAAACACUUAUACAACAGACACAAAUAUACAAAAAUAGAUUCAGAUAUCAAAGUGAUUCAAGUGCUUCUUCUGUUUCAGAUAAAAAAAAUCUUAUAUAUUGUAUAUAUAUUAACAAACAAAAUUUUGAUUUCCAACUUUUUUUUUCUUUCUUUUUUUUUUGUUUUCCAUAGACAUUUUCAGUGUGGGCGUGUUUAUAUGCAUGAAUAUUCUUGUUCUUCUUUGUCAUCAUCAUUCCUUUUAUUUUUAUUUUUUUUUUUUCAUUAGCCAAACUAUAAACCAUCGAUUCUUAUAUUAUUU